GCGGCGCUGCGCCCGCCCCCCGGCACUGCGGUAAUAUGGCUCCGUAGCGGGCGGCCGGCUCGGCGCUGCUGCCGCCAUUAACCCCUGCGCGCCCGGCGGCCCCGGGGAGUGGAGCGGGGAGCCUCCGUGAGGAUGACCUCGGCUGCCAGUCCCGCCGCGUUACCGCCCGGCUCCGCCGCCCGCGCCCUGCAUGUGGAGCUGCCUUCGCAGCAGCGCCGUCUUCGUCAUCUUCGGAAUAUUGCUGCACGUAACAUUGUUAAUAAGAAUGGUCAUCGCCUCUUGGAUACAUACUUCACUCUUCACUUGUGUGAUAAUGCCAAGAUCUACAAAGAAUUUUAUAAGAGCGAGGUGAUCAAGAAUUCUCUGAAUCCAACAUGGAGAAGUCUGGACUUUGGAAUAAUGCCUGAUCAUCUUGAUACCUCUGUCUCCUGUUUUGUUGUGAGGAUCUGGGGUGGCAAGAAGGAACACUUUCAGCUUUUGAUUGAAUGGAAGGUCAAUUUAGAUGGGUUAAAGUACUUGGGCCAGCAGAUCCAUGCAAGAAACCCAAAUGAGAUUAUUUUUGGUCUCAAUGAUGGUUAUUAUGGAGCUUCAUUUGAACAGAAGGAUCACUCAGGUACCCUGAAGAACAGUCUUCUCCAGGUGGAUCAGAACUGUGUUCGUAACUCUUACGAUGUCUUCUCUUUGCUUAGGCUUCACAGAGCUCAGUGUGCAAUUAAACAGACUCAGGUAACUGUUCAGAAAAUUGGAAGGGAGAUUGAAGAAAAGCUGAGAUGUACAUCUACAAGGAAUGAACUGAAAAAGGAGAGUGAAUGUUUACAGUUGAAGAUCCUGGUGCUACGUAAUGAACUGGAGCGACAGAAGAAGGCCCUUGGUCAAGAAGUAGCCUUGUUGCAUAAGCAAAAAAGUACUUUGCUUGACAGAGAAAAUGCAUUUGGGACUGAAUACCAGAAACUUGAAGAGCAUAAUGAAUCUCUAUAUGAAUUAAGAAAGGAAUGCACUGCUAAGAGAGAACAGUUUUUGAAGAUAAAUGCCCAGCAGACUAUUCGAUGCAAGCAGUUGCUGUCGGAGCUAUCCUACAUCUACCCUAUUGAUUUGAACAACCAAAAGGAUUACUUUGUUUGUGGAGUCAAGCUUCCAAAUUCUGAAGACUUUCAAGCAAAAGAUGAUGGAAGCAUUGCUGUUGCCCUGGGCUAUACUGCUCACCUAGUUUCCAUGAUAUCCUUCUUCUUACAAGUGCCACUCAGGUAUCCUAUAAUUCACAAGGGCUCCCGGUCUACAAUCAAAGAUAAUAUAAAUGACAAGCUGACGGAAAAAGAGCGAGAAUUUCCUUUAUAUGCAAAAGGAGGGGAGAAGCUUCAGUUUGAAUAUGGAGUUUAUCUUCUCAACAAAAAUAUAGCACAGCUUAGAUACCAGCAUGGGCUGAGUACUCCAGAUCUAAGGCAAACUCUUCCUAACCUGAAAAAUUUCAUGGAGCUUGGGCUGAUGGUUAGGUGCGAUCGGCACCAUAUAUCCAGUGCAAUUCCUGUUCCAAAGAGACAGAGCUCUAGCUUUGGCAGAUUGGAUAUCGGCUUUUCCAGUGGGCUUCCUUCUCCAGAUAAAGGACUCCGAAAACGAGCCAGCACAGGAAGCGAGAGACUAGAGUACAAAACUCCUCCUCCUAGUUACAACUCUGCUUUAACACAGCCUAUUGCUGUCACAGCCUGUGUUGGAGAGCUGGAUAAAAAACCAGGACCCAUAUGUUCUUCCUUGGACACCUCUAUGGACUCCUCCAAAAGAAAUACCAAAAAAGGCCAGGACUUGUGCAGUAGUUUAAAUGGAGAAAAUGGAAGCCUAAACAAUACCCAAGACAGGCAGGAAUCUUUCCUAGGACGUUCUAGUGCAAUAAAUGGGGCAUUUCUGCCUGGUGAGUGCUCUGACACCAUGAACAACGAGCAGCCCUGUGAGUUUCAGCCCUCACUGAGCCCUGUGCUUUGCUGCACUGUGGAGCAGGCAGAGGAGAUCAUGGGUAUGGAAGCAACAGGGUUCAGCACAGGAGAUCAGCUGGAAGACUUUACCUCCAUCCCAGUGGAACACGCUGUAGCAGUUGAGUGUGAUGAACAAGUCCUAGGGGAGUUUGAGGAGUUCUCUCGAAGGAUCUGUGCACUGAAUGAGAACAUGUCCAGCUUCCGCAGACCUCGUAAAAGUUCGGACAAGUGAGCUCGGAUGGAGAUUUGAUAGCAGACAUUGAAGUGAAAUCAGUGAUCUGUAUAGAAAUAAAAUUGCACUUAUUCUUUAUAUUAAUUAUGAAAAUAAAAAAGCUAAAGUUGUUCCUAUGGUGUUAGACAAAUGGACUUGAGCACAAUAACACAGGAUCAUGGUGUAUUCACAGCCCAGGUAACUUCAUUCUGCUUUAAGUCCUUUUAUGUUUGGUAUUUAUAAUCUGUUGGAGGUUUUGUGUUUUUUUUGUUUUUUCUUCUUGGGCAUUGGAACCCAUUUAUAAAAGCUUUUCUGAAAACAACUUCUAGUGCUGAUCAGCCCCUUCUAUGAAUGUUUGUUAUGUUCUUAAUUAUUAUUUAGAGUUAAAUUUAUUUUAAUCUUUUCAGAAGAAAAACCCUUUAAUAUAUUUUUAUGGUAAGAUGUCUUUACAUUCUCCCAUGUAUUCCUGUGUUUGCUUGAGCAAUGUAGUCAGUAUUAGAGAAAUACCAUGAAUUUGCUACAGUUGGACAACUUUAUUUUGGCUGUACUCUGUAGCCUUUGAAGUUCUAGUUUGCACUGAGAAGUCUUCAGUUGGCAGUGUGAACUUGAUAGAGAAUGAGCACCUGUGUGAUUUUUUGCAGUUUCCUUGCACCUGGUUAAUCAGAAGUGACAUUUGGGAGUUUUUCCACUCCUCUUUUCCUCCAUACUUGCUCUUCCUACCAGUGGAAACCUUGAGGAGUAAAUCACCUCUAAGGUGAUUAUUACACAGAUUUUUUUUCUGUUUAAUAAUCUCAGCCUGACCAUUCCCCAAUUAGGUUGGGCACAGAUCUCAUUAGAAGGGACUUAACGAGCCCAGUACCAACAUGGGGUUCAGCUGCUACCCUCCAAGGUGUGCAGUGGGAGCAGUGUGCCAUGAGACACUUCAGACAUCUUCCAAAAAACCCAGACUGGGAAUGAAGCACUUUGGAAUUAGGUGAAUGUGUGGAAUUGCUCCAUCCUCUGUAAAAAGGAGGCACUUAACAUAAUUCAUCUGAUUUUUUUUUUUUUUUAACCAUCUAUACUUUGAGGGAAGAAACUUCCAGUAUUUGCUGGAGGUGCAUUUUGCUGUUGGAUAGGUUACCACUGCCACACGUGUUCAGCUGCACUAAUGAGAAAGCAAUUUGCAGCCUUCUUUGUGAUUCCUGGUAUGUAUUUCAGUUUGGAUUUCAUUGCUCUUGAUUUCUAUAUUGUAUACCCAAGAAUCUGAGCUCAGUUGUGAGCUCUGAAAUAUAAAAGUAUAUAGCAGAAUAAAAAUAAUUCAUCUUGUCUGGCUUUUUUUAUCUCUCCCUGUUUUGUUUUCUUUUGAACCCACAACGUAGUCUUUUCCUAACUUCACUGUAAGGCUAGCUGAAAUUAACUUUUUAAAAAUACUGAUAUGUAUAAUCUCAGCUUUCUGUUAUCAAAACAAGACAUGUUUGUGAGAACCAGUAUACAUAAUAGCACUGUUCUAGAAUAUGCAUUUUUCCAGGUAAUGCCUUAAUGAUUGUAUUAAAACUAUAUUCACAUUUCUUCAAUUAGCUUUUAAUGGUUGUGUCCACAGUUGAGUGGUUGGAUAGAGCCUCUCUGCAGCAAUUUGCUGGCUUCAGUCUGUCCCAGGAUGAUGUGCUAGAUGGGAGUACUUGGAUACUUUGAUUUUGAGACACUGAACAUGAUUUCAGGUACAGACUUGGACACAUCUGUGAGUAUCUCCUCCCCCACAUUAGCUCCUCUGUUCAAACCUCAUGAAAACUUCCCCAAAGGAAGUGCUACAGAAGCUCAAAGCACUGCCAUCAUCUUUGGAAAGGAACAGGUAGGAAGCUCUUGCUGUCAUUUUGCCUACAGAAGGAAAAAUAAACACCUGAAAGAACAGCACUUUGUAGUGAUGAGCAUAACAUAUUCUGUCCUGGGCCCUGUACCAUCUUCUGAUACCAGUAUAAAUUCAGGUGAAAUUCAGUAACUUUGGGUCAGUUUUGCACCCUGUGGGAUGGGAUCUGCCACGCUCGAGGCAGCACGGGCCUGUUUGUACACACACUCGUGCUCCUAUAGAACAGAAAACCAUUAGCUUGUGUGUGAUGAUGACUUUUCAAAGCAGCCCAAAGAGUAGUUGUGAAGUCACUGUGUUUCGUAGGUGAACGUGGAGAGUCUCAGCACAAUUUAGCAGCUUGUGAAAUUAGGUUUGCACAGCAUCAUGGGACUUUUUUUUUUCCAUUAGUUGUUUAUUUCUCAGGUUGCACAAACCAAAUGAAGUCUGGUUCUCCUCCCCAAUGUUGUGUUGCUGUUCCUGUUUAACCCUUGUAAUUGGUAAUGUGCUAAACACUAUGGUUAAUUUUUGUAUCUGUUGCACAAAGCUGCUCAGAUGGGCUUCCUAUGGCUGUAUCUUUAAGGUAGCCUUAAAUUAUUCCUGUAUUUCUCUUCCACUUCUACCACUUUCCUUGUAGCAGGUGGUGUGUGGUGGGACAGCAUCACAGGGCUGAUGAAGCAUAGACCAGCUCCUUGUGGCUGUGAGGAAGAGGGUUGUACAGACUGCAGCCAUGUCAUAGCUUUCUCCUUUUGGUGGGGUUUGUUUUUUUUUUUUUUUUGACCCCCUGUAAAUUACCUUGGAAAUAGUUGUAGUGGAAGGGAAACAAACAGGAGGUUUGAGGGUGAGAUAAUGGAUCACAGUGUACUUUAAAUUUCCAAGAGCCUUUCAGUUCCUGCACAGCUGUGGCACUUAAGUCUGCAACUGUCUUCAAAUUGAGAAAGCAUUUCAUUGCAAUCUCAGUCUAAUCCCUCAUUAGAAAUCCUUAAGAUUUUUGAGCAUAUUAGUUUUGGAGUAUCAGAUCCCACUAUAUUUUUAUAGCAAGCACAACAGCAUUGAUUUAUCCUUGCUUGAUCAGGUAUCUAAAAUAAGUGAGACUAGAAUAUCAUAUAGUAAAUGACACAUUAAAACUAUGUUGGCAAUUGCAGGAAAGCUCAUCUGUCUUUAUAAAAUAAAAUUUAUUUGUAUCUCUCAA